AUGGGCUGGCGGCUCGGCUUGACAGUGUUAUUAAUAGCAGUGGAAAGCCAUACAAAAUCAGUCGCACAGGAAGUCUUACGCGCACAACAGUCUGAGUCACGAGGCAAUCAAGCUUCCCAAGAAAAACUGGAAACGAUGAUCACCAGCGUGCCAGCUCCCAGUCGGGAAAAAGACGAUCAAAAGGAUUUGUGGAAAGAAUUGGAUCACAUGAAGAUGAGUAGCAAGUUUCGAAAUGCAGCAGCACUGGGAUCAUCAAUCGCCACAGUGAGACAAGACGAAGGGCUGAUCCAGAACACAGAUGGCGCGAACCCACGACUUCCACCAUUCGCCUUCAGUGAGGAUUCUGAGUCGUCAGAUGCAAAUGUGGCGACAACAACAGUAGGGCCGUCAGCAAUUCUACCACCUGUUAAACAGAACAUCGAUGAUAACAGUAGCACUGGGAAAUCCACUGAGAUAGACAGUAAAUCUGCAGCUGAGGAUGAAAAAUCCAAACAGGAAAACAAGGACAGUACCGGACGAUCAUCUUCAUUCGCAUUAAACCCCAAGGUUGUAAAUCAAGUCGAUGCCGAAGGUCUUGCGUAUGGACGGCUACCGUACACGUAA